AUGGUCACAGUGCGCGUGUUUUCAGAAAGGGCCAGUUUGACUCAUCAAUUGGGCGAAUUCAUCGUCAAGAAACAAGAUGAGGCUCUGCAGAGGAAAUCGGACUUCAAGGUCUCUGUUAGCGGUGGUUCUUUGAUCAACGCUCUCUAUGAAAGUCUGGUAGCGGAUGCAUCACUUUCUCCCAGAGUUCAAUGGUCAAAAUGGCAAAUUUACUUCUCCGAUGAAAGAAUUGUGCCUUUAACAGACGCGGAUAGUAAUUAUGGUACAUUCAAGAAGAUAGUUCUGGACAAAUUGCCCUCAACUGUCCAAGUAAACGUCCAUCCUAUGGACGAGUCCUUGAUCAGCAACGAUGGGGCCGAGUCUAGGGACAACAUUGCUGCGCAGUACGAACAAAUCUUGCCCCAAUCGCUCGAUUUGGUUCUAUUGGGCUGCGGUCCUGAUGGCCACACGUGUUCUUUGUUUCCCGGCCAAAAACACAAGUAUUUGUUAGAGGAAACAGAGAAAAGAGUUGCCUGGUGCCACGAUUCCCCCAAGCCUCCAAGCGACAGAAUAACGUUCACCCUGCCCAUGCUAAAGGACGCCAAGGCCUUGUGUUUUGUUGCUGAAGGCAGUUCAAAGCAAGAUAUAAUGCAUGAAAUCUUUGAUUUGAAAAACGAUCAGUUACCCACCGUAUUGGUUAACGAACUAUUUGGCAAGAAAACCUCUUGGUUUGUCAAUGACGAAGCUUUCGGAAAAGUUCAAGCCAAAAAUUUCUAG